AAACAGAAAAAAAAAAAAAACAGAGAGAAAAAAUUUCCCCUCCUUCUUUCUCUCUCCCUCUCUCCUCCUUCUCCGUCUGGCCUUUGUCUGUCUGAAAAGAAAAAAAGAAAGAAAGAGAAAAGAAACAACGCCCAACAGAAACGAAAGAGAAAAAGUAAACACAAAAAAUUACAACAAAACAAGGAAGAAGAAGACGACGACGGAGGCGGAGGAGAAGGCGGAGGAAGGAGAAGGAAGGAGGCGGCGGCGGAAGAACGACAACUUCCCCUUUUCAUUUUCUUCUCUUCUCUUCUGAAGGGGAGUUCCUGUCUCCGUUUACUCUCUCUUUUCUUUCAGAUCAGUCCACUACGCUUCUCUCUCCCCCUUUUUCUCUCUCCGUCUUCUCUCCAUUUCUUCCCUUAAUUAUAAUCUCAUUUCCAAUAAUUUCCCUCUUUCGCGAAACACUUCUCUUCUCCCUCAUUUCCCUUUGAUCCUUUCACUCCGUCACUUUCACUUCAACAGAUUCUUUCCCGAUUCAAUUCUUCACCAUCGCUCCAAUUGCCUACCUACGGCAUUCGCCAGUGCCGUUUGCCUGCGGCGGCCUGAAUUUUUGCAAGCCUUUUCGAUUUUAGCUCAACGAGGAAACUUGAGGGGAUCUGCGUUCAUCCCUCUUUUGGGUUUAUAAUUUUGUCGCCGGAAAAGAAAGACGGGGUGAUUAUAGAAAUCGACCGGUUUGGAUCCAGCCACCGUAGAAACAGCGCCAUCUAAUGGCGCUGUUCAGACGCUUCUUCUACCGGAAGCCACCGGAUCGGCUUCUGGAGAUCUCCGACAGGGUUUACGUUUUCGACUGUUGCUUCUCCACCAAUGUCAUGGAAGAGGAUGAGUACAAGCUCUACUUAGGUGGCAUUGUAGCACAGCUGCAGGACCACUUUCCCGAUGCCUCAUUUAUGGUGUUUAAUUUUCGAGAGGGAGAUAGACGGAGCCAACUUUCAGACAUCUUAACACAGUAUGAUAUGACAGUUAUGGAUUACCCUCGUCAAUAUGAAGGGUGUCCAUUAUUGCCUCUGGAGAUGGUUCAUCAUUUCCUUCGAUCUAGUGAAAGCUGGUUGUCAUUGGAGGGGCAACAAAAUGUGUUGUUAAUGCAUUGCGAAAGAGGAGGAUGGCCUGUGCUUGCUUUCAUGCUUGCCGGUCUUUUGCUAUAUCGGGGGCAGUAUAGUGGGGAGCACAAGACUCUUGAAGCGGUCUACAAGCAAGCUCCUAAGGAACUUCUACAUGUUUUAUCUGCUUUAAAUCCAUACCCUUCCCAGCUCAGAUAUCUUCAGUAUAUUUCUAGAAGGAAUUUUGGGGUUGAUUGGCCUCCUUCUGACACACCCUUAAUUCUCGACUGUUUGAUGCUUAGAACCCUUCCACUCUUUGAAGGAGGAACAAGUUGCAGGCCGGUUGUGCGUGUUUAUGGCCAGGAUCCUUCAAAACCAGCCAAUAGAACGUCUAAGCUUUUGUAUUCAACUUCGAAGACUAAAAGACACAUACGCCAGUAUGCACAGGAAGAGAGUAUGCUUGUGAAAAUAGAUCUUAGAUGCCGUGUACAAGGUGAUGUUGUCAUUGAGUGUAUCCACUUGGACGAAGACCUCUUGCAUGAGCAGAUGAUCUUCAGACUGAUGUUCCAUACAGCAUUUGUGCGAGCAAAUAUUUUGAUUUUGAACCGUGAUGACAUUGAUAUUUUGUGGGAUGCCAAGGAUCAAUUUUCACGGGACUUCAAAGCAGAGGUACUUUUUGCGGAUGCAGACACUGUUCUCCCAUCUCUCACCACAGUUUUGACUGGUGAGGAUUUGAAUGAUUUAGAAAGUGCUUCACCUGAAGAAUUUUAUGAGGUGGAAGAGAUCUUCACAGUGGAGGCGCCAGAAUCAAAAGGGAACUUUGAUACUCAUAUAACCCAGAAGGCAUCUCAUUUAGAGCAUACAGAAGUUGUGAAAGAGGAUGUGGAAGUGCCGUCUUUCCAAGAUUGUAGGGGUGAUGAUGUGAACCACAAGCGUGGUGGGGAGCUUAGUUCUAAUGUUGAUCCUGUGAAGGAUAUUGCUGUAGAUGAUGUGAAAUACCGGUUGGAUGACAAGGAGGUUUCUGAUCUUGAAGCAGUGAAAGACAUUACUGUCGAUAAUGGGAAUAUAAAGUUUGGUCCUGCAAAUGCCAUAUCUGAUAUCCCUGUAAAUGACAAUACAAAGGUAAUCACUUAUGAAGCAGAUGGAGAUUUCAAAGUGACUGAGGAUAAAGGUGGUGAUAUAGCAAGCAGUCCAAAUAUGAAGGUAGAAACAAGUGUCUUACAAGAGAAUCAGAAUGAACUUGAUAGAGAAAUACAUGUGAAGUCAGGUCCACUUUCUCCAUGGCUUUCUCUUGCUAGCAAAUCUCCAGAGACAAUGCGUACCAAGCAGAAGAAACAGUUUGAAAAUCUGGGUGACAACUUAAGACAAAUGAAGCCCGAACUAUCGCCUCUGUGGCUUGUACCUAGCAAAGGUCUCGUAAGCAGUCCGGUGAAUGUUACCCAUCCACCAUCAAGGUAUAAUAGUGCACCGCCUGAUUUUUCUCUACCUUGGGUUCGUGAAGAGUCCAGUGAUGGUGCCAACAAAAAGUCAUCUUCUACUGCUUCUGCUCACUUGGAUUCAGAUUCGAGUAAGUUGUUCUCUCCGUCCACUGAUAAUCAAGAGCAGACAACAUCCAUCCAUGUACCUCCUGCACCACCCAUCCCUCGAUCCACAGUACCAUCAUCUUCAGUUGCCAAAGCAGUUUUGAAGCUACCCUCAUCCCUGUCCUCCAUCCCACCACCACCUCCACCUCCUCCUCCUCCACCGCCUUACAUGCAAUCAAGCAAGCUGAAAGUUGAGAUGGUAUCACAAAAUGCAACCUUACAGUGCACUCCUCCUCAUCCCCCUUCCAUUGCCAGCAAUGGACAUAACAUUAGGAUAACAUUGCCCCCUCCACCCCCUCCAUUUCCUUGGAAAUCCGUGACUGUAAAUACUUCAAUUUGCCUUACUACUAGAGCUCCUCCUCCGCCUCCUCCACCACCACCUCCCCAAUUCCAUUAUAGCUAUGGUACCUCAUUAACUACUUCAGAACCAGAUUUUGGAAUCCUUGGUUCACCUUCUCUUCCAUUGGCACAUGGUACGCCUUCCACAACACCACCACCACCUCCACACGUGCCAUCAGAAACUGCUCCUACAGCACUGCAACUGCCUCCGCCUCCGCCUCCACCACCUCCUGGUCUCUCCUGGGGGUUUACUUCUGCACCACCACCGUCACCACCUCCACCACCUCCACCACCUCCUCCUUCCCAAGUCGCUUCUCAAUGUUUUUUGUCUUCAACAUUGCCGCCCCCUCCACCGCCGCCCCCAUUGCCACCUCCCUUUAGUCAGUUGCAGAAUGUUGCUCAUUGCAGUCCACCACCUCCUCCACCACCACCUCCCUUUAUUCAUUUGCAGGAUGUUCAUUGCAUCCCAUCAUCGCCACCGCCACCACCACCACCACCGCCUCCUAUGGCCAUGAAAAGUCAAGGUUCUCCACUUGCAUCACCAUCAUUUUCAAGAAGUGGACCUCCGCCGCCGCCGCCGCCACUGACACCUACUAAAUUGGGAGCUCCUACACCACCUCCACCUCCUCCCCCACCACCAUCAGUAUGUGGGGCUCCUCUACCACCACCUCCUCCAUCAGUUAGGGGGGCUUUUCUACCACCGCCUCCUCCUCCUCCAUCAGUCAGUGGGGCUCCUCCACCUCCACCACCACCUCCUUUUCAUGGAGUACCAGCACCACCUGCACCACCACCUUUCAGUGGAGCACGAGCAGCACCUCCACCACCACCUUUGCCUGGAGCCCCAGCACCACCUCCACCUCCACCACCACCUACUUUUCAUGGAGUACCAGCGCCACCUGCACCACCACCUUUCAGUGGAGCACGAGCAGCACCUCCACCACCACCUUUGCCUGGAGCCCCAACACCACCUCCACCUCCUCCAAUGAUUGGAGCACCAACCCCACCCCCUCCUCUAAUGCGGGGGGCACCACCUCCACCACCCCCUCCAGGUGGUGGGCGUGGACCUCCUCCUCCUCCUCCUCCUCUUCUAGGGGGCCGAGGGCCUCCUCCACCCCCUCCUCCUGGAGGAAGUGUUCCUGGUCCUCCGGGAGUUGGGCCGCCCCCACCACCACCCUUAGGUGCCAAAGGAGCUGCUGCUGAUGCAAGAGGUAGAGGACGAGGGCGUGGAGUGGGUGCUGCUAUGGCAACUCGAAGAUCUUCACUGAAGCCAUUGCAUUGGAGCAAGGUAACAAGGGCAAUACAAGGAAGUUUGUGGGAAGAACUACAAAGGCACGGGGAGUCCCAAACUGCACCAGAAUUUGAUGUGUCAGAGAUAGAGACCCUUUUUUCUGCAAUAGUUCCAAAACCUGCUGACUCCAGUAAAGGUGGAAAAAAGAAGUCCGCUGGAUCAAAACCUGACAAAGUUCACCUGAUUGAUUUGAGGAGGGCAAACAAUACUGAAAUUAUGCUUACAAAAGUUAAAAUGCCUCUCUCUGACAUGAUGACUGCAGUACUUGCCAUGGAUGAGUCAGUUCUAGAUGUUGAUCAAGUGGACAAUCUUAUAAAGUUCUGCCCAACCAAAGAAGAGAUGGAGCAACUCAAGAACUACACUGGUGACAAGGACAACUUGGGAAAGUGUGAACAGAACUUCGUUGAGAAGUACAGAGAGGUCUUAGGUGUGGCUUUUGAAUUGGUACCUUGGAGUGUAAAGCUAGUUUUUGGAGGUCAAGUAAGGUUAGGCCUUAAGCCAGUCAUUGAAGUGUUGAAACAACUCCUUCUUUAUGCUAUGAACAACAUACUUCCUGGAGCUAAUGAAAGUACCACGUGUAGAAUCAAAACUAAGAGUAUUUUCAUUCAAGAUCCAGUUCAGUGCUCAGGUCUGGACGCAACUGCAUUGACUAUCAGCGUGUCUUAUACUCGGUGUCUUUCACAGAUUUCAGAAUUUAAGAAGAGCUUAAACACGGUGAACUCUGCGUGUCAUGAGGUAAAAAACUCCCUGAAACUGAAGGAAAUCAUGAAGAAGAUUCUCUAUUUGGGGAACACCUUGAACCAAGGAACUGCACGGGGUGCUGCAGUUGGAUUCAAGUUGGACAGUCUUCUGAAACUUACUGAUACCCGAGCUGCGAACAGCAAAAUGACACUUAUGCAUUACCUAUGCAAGGUAUUUGCUGCAAAGUCGCCGCCACUUUUAGAUUUUCACCUAGAUCUGGUUAGCCUUGAAACUGCCUCAAAGAUACAAUUGAAGUCAUUAGCAGAGGAAAUGCAAGCUAUCAUCAAGGGAUUGGAAAAGGUAAAGCAGGAGAAUACAGCAUCAGCAAAUGACGGCCCCGUGUCCGAGGUCUUCAGAAAGGCAUUGAAAGAGUUCAUAUCUGGUGCCGAGGCAGAGGUGGCUUCAGUGACAAAUUUAUAUUCUGUAGUGGGUAGAAAUGCAGAUGCACUUGCAUUAUACUUUGGUGAAGAUCCUGCACGCUAUCCGUUUGAGCAAGUUACUGCAACCCUCUUGAAUUUUGUGAGGUUGUUUCGGAAAGCACAUGAAGAGAACUUGAAGGAGGCUGAAGCAGCUAAAAAGAAAGCCAGUAAGGAUGCGGAAAUGGAAAAGGCAAAGACUCCAAAGAAAAGUAGUGACACAUAGUGGCUGUGGUCGGGAGUCGACUGACCACUCUUACCAUGAAACUGUCCUAUCCACCCCCCUCCCCCCCAACAGCACCACGUGAAGAGAUAAAAUUGCAUAACAAACACGACGUGAACAAAAACGAGGCACCACAAGGAGGGUUGACCCAGAGGGGAAGCAUUUGGUCGAGUGAAAAUGAUCGACGAUCUUUUGGGGGGAAAGGAACAAGGAAACCUCUGCUCGAUGAGCUGGUUACAACAAGAGUGGAGCAGCAGAGGUGGUCUGCGGUUUGUGGGAUGGACUGGGUGCAAGUUGGGCCACUGAAAGGCGUCAGGCAAUUUUGUAGGUGGGAUGGUCCAGUCAAGCCUCCUUAACAAGGGUGUACAAGUGAAGCUUAUGUUUUGCUUGUCGGUUUCAUCGUUCGUUCGGCACAAGCUUUUUGGUGAGCACCAGAGCGGAUGAAUGGAUGGAAGGACGGACGGACGGGUGUGUAGAAGUAAGUGUAAAGGCAUGGAGGAAGUUCCCUACUGACCACCGACUGGGACAAGGAAAACCAGUGUGUACAAAGGGUGAUUUUUGACUAACCUCAGCAUCCAAUUCUUUGUCUAUGUUUGUUCAAAAUAGCAGGAACCUAGUGGGGAAGCAGUUGAAUAUUAUAGUUUUGGUGGUUUGUUUAUUAACUUGUGUUUUUGGUGGCACUAGAAGGCAGGGCUGCCCAUCUGGCGAAGUAUGUUGUAUAGGGUAAAUUCAGGUUUCAGAUAGCAGGGAGAGUGUUGGAUUUAGAAGCAAAAGACGGGUUUGGUUGUUCAGUUGUAAUUGUAAUAUACAAGGAAAUGAAAGAUGUAGAGAGGGAGGGAGAGAAGAGAGUAUGUAGAUUGGCUCAGUACUUAAAACUGUUGUUAAUCAAGGCUUCUAUCCCAUUUCAAAGCCUUUUUAUCACAAGUUCCUGGGACCGAGAUUGAAAUUUGUGUAGCUGGCUUCUCCAUUCAUGUACAGAAGGCUCUCUGAUGUUCUGCGGUUCUUUUGUAUGGUUUGAUUGUGGCGUUAC